AUGGAAAAUCAAAAUAAUUUAUUUUUAAAAGUUUGGAGGAAUGUUGUUUUAAGAAAUGAAAUUAUAAAACAUUUUAAAUAUUAUAUAUAUAAAAAUAUUACAUUCAAAUCAAAAGGAGAGUUUAUAGCAUAUACAAACAAAGACUAUUUAAUAAAUAAAAUAAUAUUUGGUAGAGAUUUCAAUCAGCCACUUAAUAAAGGAGAUAUUCCGAUAUCAGUUACAGAAUUGCAAUUUGGAUUAGGAUUCAAUCAGUCUCUUAGAGAAGGCCAUAUACCAAGUUCAAUUACAAAAUUAACAUUUGGUAGAGAUUUCAAUAGACUACUUAAACAAGGCGAUAUACCGUUAUCAGUUUCCAUCUUAACAUUCGGUUUCUAUUUUAACAAACCACUUAGAGCAGGCGACAUACCACACUCAGUUAAAAUCUUAAAGUUUGGUAGAGAUUUCAAUCAACUACUUAAACCAGGGGACAUUCCCUCAUCGGUUUCAACAUUGGUAUUAGGUUUUCAGUUUAAUCAAACACUUACGCAUGGGUCUAUUCCCUUAUCAGUUUCAACAUUAGUAUUUGGAAGCUGCUUUGAUCAACCACUUAAACCAGGGGACAUACCAAUAUCAGUUACUAAAUUAACAUUUGGAACCCACUUCAAUCAAAUACUAAAACAAGGUGAUAUUCCAUCAUCAGUUAAAAAAUUAAAAUUUGAAGGUUCUGACAGGCCACUUAAAGAAGGUGAUAUACCAUUAUCUGUUACAAAUUUAAAAUUAGGUCUUUAUUUUAAUCAACCACUUGGUCCAGGAUCUAUACCCCCAUCAGUUUCGAAAUUAGCUUUAAGCUACCACUUCAACAUCCCACUAAAGAAAGGUGAUAUACCCUCAUCAGUUUCAUACCUAAAAUUUGGUGAAAAAUUUAAUCAUUCACUUAAAGAAGGCGAUAUACCCUCUUCAGUUACAAUUUUAACAUUCGGUACCAAUUUCAAUCAACCAAUUAAAGAGGGUGAUAUACCCUCUUCAGUUAAAAUCUUAACAUUUGGUAGAAAUUUCGAUCAACCACUUAUUAAACUUAAUCUCCCAUCCUCGAGCAAAAUAGUAUUCAAUAAAAUUUAA